ACCAAAACCCACACAGUGCUAAGCUAGUGCAAACAAAAAUGGCAACAUUAAAGACUAUAACUCUUGUAGUCGUCCUCUUUCACAUUGAUGCGAAUGUCUAUGGCUUGUCGUCAGAUGAAACUUGCAGAGAGAGGCUUGAUAAUCUUGAGAGACUUUUAGCAAACUUGAAUGAGAAACUCGAAAACCAACAAGCGGACAGCAGCAAAUAUGACGCGAUAUUCAAAGUUAUUCAAGACGAAAAUAGUUUUUUAAAAAGAAGACUAAAAUCUUUAGAAGAAAUUGUUCUUACUUCUACCCGCAGGAUGGAGAAACUUGAAGAUAAGAUCGCAGAUUUAGAAUCUUCUAACUGGUUUCUGAAGUCCAGAUUGACAACAGUAAACAAUAACUAUAGUUUUGAUAAAAACUAUUUAAGUUCAUUAUUUUGGAAUCUGAAAGCAAGUGAUUCACGGAAAGAAAGCACGACUACCAAACCAUCGACAACUCACGGCAAUGAGAUGAAGACAAGACUCCAAACUUCAAUGGUAAAACGCAAAAUUAGGCAGUUAGAGAAAAAACCGAGUGUAUCGCAAGAAAAACGUAUCCUGACAGGAAUUCAGUCAACCCCAAAACCAUUACCAGAUGGCGUAGCAUUUUCUGCAUACAUGUCUGUCCAUACAACGGAAAUAUCCAAGGGUUCUACCAUUCACUUUGACACCAUUGUUACAAAUAUCGGCAACCAUUAUAAUAAGCAUUCUGGAAUAUUCACCGCGCCACAACACGGUGUGUACGUGUUUACCUGGAAUCUUUACUGUGACGGAUAUAUAUUAUCUCAACUUGUUGUGAACUCUAAUGUAGUUGGAGCUAUGUUUUCCAGCGCAGAGGGUGCUUCUAAUAUCAGGACCCCAACUAGCAUUGUGGUUGUCGAGGUCAACAAGGGUGAUAUAGCAUAUGUUCGGAUUCACCCUACAGGUAACCACUCUGGAAAUCUCAACAGUAAUCCAGACUGGCGAUCAUCUUUUAAUGGCUGGAAAAUGUACUAAAAUAAAUGAAAUAAAUUAUCUACAACUAAAAUCAAAUGUUAUUGCAGUAUUUGGAGUCAUCGGUCUUUUUAGAUUCAUGUACAUUAUAUUCAUGAUGAGACUCCUAUCAAAGAACAGCAUAAUUCAAUUAAAGCUUGCAUUUCCGAAUUUAAAAAAAGAUAGCCAUUGUAUUCAUUUUAGCUACAUUUAUAAAACAUGUUUACAUCCUGUCUUGAAA